GUGGAAACUGACGUUCUGUCUCUGUUGUCACUUUAGACGAGAAACUCAUUACCAGAUUUCCAUUCUUGUUUACCUGCCCUUUGCCACUUGUACAGUUUUAUUAUCCCCAGUGUGUUUGUUCAAGUAGGUCACACCGCCCGCUCAUUUUUCUUUUCCUCCGUCGAAAACCACAAGGGAGAGAGACUCUUUGAAAGGAUUGACCAGAGAAGCCAAGAUGGACUAACGUGUGGAAGAGAAAACGGGAGAGAAAAAAAAGGAAAAUGGAUAACGUGUGCGAACCUCGACGCGUUACUGUGCAAUCGAUUCGGGAAAGAUUUGAAAUCCAGCAGCGACAAACUCCGCCCAUGACUCGUGCAGCUGAGCAGCACCCGGCGGAACCGUCGUCGGAAGUCGACUCGAACCAUAGCGGAUCGAGUAACGCCAGUGAAAGUGACCACAGUUCAACUGGCGGUGGUGGUAGCGGUGGUGGCGGAUUCCAGCAGCACAAUCGCACCAGCAUCAAACGAAGCCCGGCAUUCCGAACUGGCCAGAAGGAAUCCAUCCCGGAGAACAUUCUAUUAAAGAAACCGGCCCUGGUACGGACAGGCCUGAAAGACCCCAACGUCAUCAUCAUCAAGAACAACAAGAAACCGAGUCUCAGACGGAAGCCCGGAGUCGAUCGAACCUCCAAACCCAAUCUCAGUCCAGAGCCACAAAACUUCGAAGCCGAUCCGUUGAUAGAAGAGGCCCUUAAAGCCCCACUUCCGACCGGACCAGCCCCUAAAAAGCCUCCGCGAACAUUUGUGCACGACGCCUUCAUCCAGCAACAGCAGCAAGAAACUCCCAAGGAAGUGGGCGAUUCCGAUUCGUGCAGCCCCACACGUCCCGUCCGGCGGAACAAAGCCUUACAACAACAACAACAGCAAGCGAAUCCGGCGAAACCUUCACGACCGACGAGCAUCGCCCUGGGAUCGCCUUUCACGAUGAGCCGCUCCAAAACGGAACCGUUUCUGUUGGGUCGGAAAAAGUCGACGGAAUCGGAAGAGCUGCCAGCCGUCGAAGACCUGAGGCGAUCGCCGCUGGACGACGUGGAAUUCGACUUCCAUGAAAGCCGAUGGUUGAACCCUGUGCAAUGGAACAGUUUCUCACCCAGUCCGGGCGUGACCAAAUCCAUUCCUUUAAAGAAACAACAACAACAACCCACGUCCAGUACGAGAGUUUCGACCUCGAUGCUGACCAUAGCCGAUCCGGCUCUAUUGCAAACAGGACGGAACGGAUCGCGUCAUCAUGCCGGUAAGAGCCUGCUGCUGGCCGGUCGCCAUCCAUUACACGAGCCAACCAGGAGGAUGAGCUGCGAUGGAGGGAGGCGCCGUCCCAGUGAGUUGACCUGGCAGCAGUCGCCGACAACAGGACUGCAGCAGAGAUUCAACAGUCGUAAAGAACCACCCGUCUACGACCAACCCACGCUCGAAGGUGGCCUCCAUUACAUGUGUUCCCCCAUUAUGGAAGUCAACGAUAUUCACAGUUGGCACCACGAUUCGAGAGUCACCGACGACAGCGAAUGCGAGUCGGAAAACGAUUUGAGCAAGAGUCAGCUGGUGGAGGAUAGGAAAAUUUACGUGCGCCGGGUUUCCAGCAACGUAGCCGAUUUGAGGAAAGCUUCGAGACCGUUGACCAUCAAAGUCAAUGUCGAACCCGGAGCCGGUCUCUUUGAAACUUUCCUGGAAGUGGCCCUGUUUUACGACCGCCAUCAGCAUCUUCACACCCCGUACAUCAAGUCCAGCUAUCCCAACUCGCUGGCCGUCCCUUCUGGAAUGGAACAUUUCUGCUUCCCGGAUUCGACACAUUGGCCGCCGCCGCUGCAGACGGCCGGCGAACCGUACACGAUCGUUCUGACCGAUUCCAAAGGCGAUCGAAUGUACGGCUACUGCCGCCGGGUGGUUCCCGAAGGAGCUCAGACCUGCAUUCCCAUCACCUAUUGUUUGCUGAGCCGCCAUCGAGCGGCCGGAUUUUACAACAAGCUGUUGAACGUCAUGGUGUCGCGUCACGGGGCGUCCGUCUCCCAGCGUCUAGCCUUGCUCGAUUGUUUGCACAAACAACCAUUUCCCAAUCCGGGACGUUUUGUUGAAUUUCCCGCCGAAACUCCCGGCAACGGGAACAAGGUCAAUAAAGUCCAGCGAUUACUCGACGGACGUCUAGAGGAUAUCGAUCUGAGGGUCCUCUUUGAACGACUCAACGAAACGGUCGUCCUACACGUUCUGGGCACAGUGCUCCUCGAACGCAAACUCAUUUUUGUUAGUCAGAAUCUCAGUGCUUUAUCGCUUUGCAUCGACGCUGUUCAAUCCAUGCUGUAUCCAUUUGUGUGGCAACACACGAUCGUUCCCGUCCUCCCUCAGUCUAUGACGGAAAUUGCAUCGGCUCCCACACCUUUCAUCUUGGGACUCUUGUCCAAAAACGUCGAAGAUUGGAAAUCGAUCUACCCUGAUCAGGGUAUGCUGGUUGAUUUGGAUAGCGGCAAAGUUCUCCACAGCGUCGGCGAUGAAUCGACGAUCCUGCCUCGACGUAGUGUCCGCAAACUCAUGUCCGACUGGGAGGUGACGGUCAACAUUACGCAACAAGCCGAAACGGCCCGCAAUGCUUUGUACAGCGAGAGCUUUUUGCGGAUGUUUGUCGACCUGUGCGGUCACUACGAGCAAAACAUCCACUGCAGCGACUCUGGCCACAAAUACUUUGAGCGAGCAGUAUUUACUCGGAACCAUUCUAAUUCGAGUGUCCGCGAUUUUCUUGAAUGGUUCACUGAGACGGCCAUGUUCAAUUUAUUUAUUGAAUCUCGCCUGAGGCACGACGCCGUCCAAACCUUGUUCGAGCACAAAAUCCUAGAACAUUCAAUGCAAAUUGUUCGGCCCAACACUCAACUGAUUUUGCCCAAUUCCAAGAUUCUGGGUCGAAAGAUCAAAACUAUAGGGGACAAACUGAGGGAGAUGAAUAUGUUUGCUUGACUGCUUGCUGCUGGACACUGACUAUCAUCUUCACCACAGCUUCAUUAUAACAUCACGCUCUCUUGAGGGCUGGGAUACCCCCUUCCGCUUCCAUGACGAAACAUGACCUUAUUUAAUUUGCUAGUCACGCCUCAAUUCGUUUCUGUAAAAUACAAUUUUGGUUUAAAAUACUCUCGUCUAUAUGGACGAGUCUGGUAUGCUGAGACAAAAGCCUUCAUGCUAAAUUCAAUGAAUUUCUUUUUAUCAAAUAUAUUAUCUCUGUACACGUUAAAAUACGAUCUGAACAUACAUUUAGUGAAAAUUU